CCUUUAAGGGGGCUGCGCCUCAGUGCUAGGAAUUCACGUCAUUUCGCCACCAAACACGACCGAAUCAAUGAGCGCAGCGCAAGUCUUCCAGGAAGGUGUUAACCAUCGCCUCGCCAAAAUGUAGCGCUGCUGCUGCUGCUGCUGCAGAAGGAGAAGAAGAAUUAGAAGAAGAGGAGAAGAACAGCGAAGUUCCACCAGACCUUCACUGUGUUCCUGAGCGGCGCGGGCGGUGGAGCAGGAGGCCGAGGGAUGAACCAGAGCGCGCUGGCGCGUCACACACUGAAGUCGGAGGCUCGCUGCUGCUUCUCCGCGGCUCUGUUUCACGGAAAAUAGAGAAAAGGAGGAGGGGGGGAAAAGGAAAGUGGAAACGGGAGAACUUCCUGAAUUUGAACGAGACAUGUCCAGUUCCCCUUCGCAGGUCCUCGUUAAGCAGGAGAGGAGUGCUUUCAGUCCCUCUGCCAGUCCACUGCCAAAUUCCACUUCCUCUCCUGCCCAUGCCCCUCCCCCUGUGGUUAAUGCCAGGACAGACGAAGAGCCAAGCAGACUGCCUGGACACCUGCGUCUACAGCCUGUAUUCUGGAGCAGAGAGGACGUUGGGCAAUGGCUGCGCUGGGCAGAGAGAGAGUUCGCGCUGCGGCCCAUCUCAAGCGGAAGCUUCCAGAUGAAUGGCAAGGCCCUCCUGCUGCUCACCAAAGAGGACUUCCGCUACCGUUCACCCCAUUCAGGAGACGUCUUAUAUGAGCUCCUGCAGCACAUUCUGAAGCAGAGAAAGCCCCACUCAUCAUUCCCUUCCACAUAUUACCCCGGAAACCCCUACCACUCUCUGCCUGAAGCAGCACUUCAACAACACAAACUUGAGGAAACGGUACUUAGGACCCCACGUGGAACAGACACCCUCCCCCUCCAGCCCCCAACAAUUGAGCUCCGGCAUCGCUCACGCUCGCCUCACCACCACGCGCCAAGACGCUCACCUGCUGAUCCCACACAACCCCACCUCCUAGCACCAGGGGAGGACCCCCAGCAAACAUCCUCUCAAAUGCCCGACAGCAACAAUCAUCUCCCCGAGGACCUGUACCCGCUUUCAGUGUCGCCCACGGCCCCCAAUGGUCACUGUCCAGCACCCCGCGAGGCUCAGAGGCCAGGAAGUCCCUGCCAGGAGGAGGCAGCACCACCCCGAGUCAUCCAGCUGAUGCCCAGCGCCAUCAUGCACCCACUGCUUCUCAGCCCUGGGCGAGGAGGGGUGCCGGGGGACAUCAGGCAUGGUCGGGCAGCGCCCCAGGAAAACGGCCGUGAGGUCAAGGGGCAUCAUCACCACAAUCACCACCAUGCCCAUCAUCAUCCUUCUCACCACCCCUUGAGCCUGGCAGGUCACCAGCAACCUCAUCAGCUCCACCAGCAGGAAGACGCGCGCUACCGCAACCAGAUCAUCAUGCCCGUCUCUCCUCCAGAGGAGCAAGGCAUGCCCAUUGGACGCAUUGCUGACUGCAGGCUUUUGUGGGACUAUGUGUAUCAACUCCUGUCCGACAGCCGCUACGAGAACUAUAUCCGCUGGGAGGACCGUGAAACCAAAGUUUUCAGAAUCAUCGACCCCAAUGGCCUGGCUCGAUUAUGGGGAAACCACAAGAACAGGACCAACAUGACGUAUGAGAAAAUGUCGAGAGCACUAAGACACUACUACAAACUGAACAUCAUCAGGAAAGAGCCAGGCCAGAGACUGCUGUUCAGGUUCAUGAAAACCCCAGAUGAGAUCAUGAGUGGACAGACGGACCGUCUGGAACAUCUUGAGUCGGACACAGAUGAACAGAUAUACGUGAAAGAGGAGUGCUGAGUUGUGCUGAGAUGAACUAUUAAAGCCGUAGAUGCCUCACCAACGUUUCGCUGACUUCAGCCUCAACCAAGCCGGCCUGGACAUUUGCUUAGAUUAACUGAGGAGCAAUUCUAAAGAGACAUGGAUAUUUACUGCACUGUUUUCUAUGCUGAUUCCCGAUAAUCUAAUUGUUUUUUUGUUUUUUUUAUUUUAUGGUAUGUGCUUCGAAAAAGCAAACUUCAAUACGACAAUCAUUUUAAUCAUAAAUAUUCCUUUUUUAAAAUCGUCUCUUUAAAAUUCCUGGCACAACAAAUGAUUGCAAGCUUUUCCGUAAGGAAUUUUUCUUGUUUGGUUUUUGUUAAGUGUGUAUUGUACACGCACACAUUGCAAUUUCUGUAAACAAGUCAUUCAAGAGAUUAAUUCAAGAAUACAUUUUAAUGACUGAG